AUGGCGGGUCCUGAAAUUACUAAAAAUUCCAUUAGGCAUCAUGUUCACGCUUUGUCCAAAAUGUUUGGUGUUGAUUUGAUGUAUGAUCCAAAUGUGUACGCGUUUGCAGACAGUCUAGAAAAGAGCAUUGAUAGUUCGUCUGACACUCAGUACAAUAUUCAUGAUUUAGUUACCAGACUUUGCAGCGAUAACCCACAAUACGAUGCAUUUUUACGGCGGUAUGAAGAGUUGAAACCUAGAAACAUUAGGGAACUUUCCGCUGUUGUUUAUCUCUUAUCAAAGCUGAAGUCGGACGACGCUAUACUCAGAAGUUUGGAGUAUCUUCCUUUGUCUACUAAGCCUCUUGAUGGCCAAAGCAAAGUCUCUACUAUUCCCGUUUUUGGGAAGGAUAUAACACAUCUUCAACAUGUGAAUGACGAGUCAUGUACACAAGGAUCAAGUUCAAUGCAACCAGUCAGGAAUGAUAGUCUGAGACCCAUGUUUGGUGCGUCAGAUGAAUUAUCUUUGUUUUCAGCAUGUGGUCUUGGCGCACAUUCCAGUUCAUUUGUUCAGGCUUCCAAGAAUACAUCUAAAAAGUUGGUUACUAGCAACACAGUCCAACCUCCAACAUUUCCUCUGCAACCAGAGUGGAUAUACUCACGCGGGACGCUUUGGGAUGACUUCCUGUCGAUUUCACUUAAUUCAGAAACUUUCCAGCAACUCCCCAUCGAAUCUCUUUCAAAUGCUGUCCAGGAAUACGCUGUUGUUAGCGAUCUACUACAGUGUUUGCAAGGUAACCAAGGAGUUUACAUCAAACCUCUGCCUUUAUCGAAUCGUUACGCAGUCCGAUGUUUUAAAGUAGAUGAAAAAAUGACUCCCGCUUUAUCAGAUACUGUAAAUAAAAUUCUCCCAGUUUGUUCGGACUAUUCAACAGUGGCUAGAUUUAUAGGUGAGAAGUCCACAUUCGAAUAUGGAACGGUCAACCAGGCACUAGCAGGUGCAAUGCGCGGUUUACUUAAGGAUUAUCUUAUUCUGUUAUGUCAACUUGAAUACCAGUAUAAAAUUGGUCAAUUGGGAAUAGUUAAACUCCACUUUUUUUUGCAAGAAACAGCUACCGCUUUUAAUCAGUUGACUCGCCUUGUUUAUAAUAUAAACACAGGACAGUGUUCUGGUGGUGCAGUGUUAUCAGUGUUGUAUGAUUCUCUAAGGUCUGUAUAUGGUGUUAAACAAUUACAUGAUUUAAUGCUUUAUCUCCUGUGUUCUGUAAGCUACCGUACCUUUUUUAAAAUUCUUCAAAAAUGGAUAUAUCGGGGUGUAAUUUCUGACCCAUAUAAAGAGUUUUUCAUUUCAGCUGGAUCUAUGCCGAAUUUUUAUGAUCCUGAUAAAGCAUCUCCAAAUAAUCUUCAUUCAGCUUCAUUCCAGUUCGACCGUUUUACACAGAAUUAUGUGGACUGGGCAUUCUUUUGGGAGUGUCAUUAUUCUCUUGUACCAAUAAACUUACCAAGUUUUCUUGAACCUAAUGCUUCGAAAAUUCUUAGUACGGGCAAGUAUUUGAAUGUUGUACAGCAAUGCGCCGAUCGUUAUGAGCUUCCUACGUGUGAAGAACUUGUUUAUAAUAAAGAACAUUCAGUGUUUCUUGAUAAAAUUGACCAAGCUCAUCUGUACGCAAGCAGUUUAUUAUUGAAAUUGAUGCUGCAACAAAAGGAUUUAAAAGAACACCUAAAAUCUGUUAAGCGUUUCUUUCUGUUGGAUCAAGGUGAUUUUAUUGUUCAUUUUAUGGAUGCCGCUGCAGCAGAAUUACGUAAAAAUAGCGAAAUUAUUUCUCAACUACGUUUAAAUUCUUUAUUGGAAUUGGCACUUCGUACUAGCACUGCUAAUAGUGAUCCAUUCAAAGAUAAUUUAUCCGUUGUGAUAUUUCAAUUUGAUUUAAUCUCUCAAAUUUUAAUGGUUCUACGAGCUGGAUCAGAAGACGAACCGGACAACGUCUUACCGAUCGAGGAUAAAAAUCUUUCAGGACUAGAGGCUUUCUGUUUGGACUAUAGAGUUGGCUGGCCUAUUGAUUUAGUACUCAAUCGUCAAGUAAUGGAUCGCUACCAAAUGCUUUUCCGUCAUCUUUUAUACUGCAAACAUGUUGAGAGAUUACUAUGCAACUCAUGGAUUCUAGGCAAACUUGCUCGUAAAUGUGAUAACCUUAUGACUACCUGGUUUACAACCGCUUUCCUAUUGGCCCAACGAAUGCUUAUUUUUAUUCAACAUUUCCAAUAUUACAUGUCUGUUGAGAUCAUUGAACCAGCAUGGCACAAUUUUUUCAAACGCGUUGACAAAGUAUCUAAUUUGGACUUACUUUUAGACUCACAUCUACAUUUUUUGGAAGUAUGUAUGGAUGAUUGUUUACUAGCUAGUCCUGACCUAUUAAGUUUAGUUGGAAAAUUAUCUGUAGCCUGUGUAACGUUUGCUAAUUUUAUCCAACACUUGGCGUUCUCUAUAACAGGAGUCAAUUUAUCAUCAUCUGGAGAUAAUGAUCAAUGUAUUGUUUAUUUAUCGCGGCAUAGUCGAACAAAGAAUGAUUUAAAAUAUGCACCUCGUGAAUCUACCACUAGUUCAGUAGAAUCUAUGAUGACAAAGGUUACUAGAGAAGAGUUUGGUAGAAUGAGUUUGUCAGAUGAUAUGGCUAAAACGGUUACAAACUUUGACACAAAUUUCAACAGAAUGUUAGUUGAACUGCUUGAAAAGAUCAAACAAUAUGCUAAGCAUCACAGUAAACUGUUAAGUCUAGUAUCAAGACUCGAUUUCAAUGAAUUUUACACUGAAUUUGCUAUGCAGUAUGAUCAGAGCGAGCGAUCUCCCGAAUCACCUGGUGAUCAUGAACCGUCUCUUGAUAAAGAUACCCUUGUCGAACACAAAUCAGUACCACAAACAAACUCGGAAUCCGAUAAUGAGGAUUAUAUAUAA